AUGAAGCCGGACGAGAUGAACUUUGAGCAGCUGGGGCCGGGCCUACACACAGAGGGUGUCACUGGCAUGGACACCUGCAUUCGGCGGCCGCUUGUGGUGACCUGCAGCACGGACAGGCACGUGAGGCUGUGGAAUUACCUGGACCGCACGUGCGAGCUGGACAGGUCGUUCACCGAAGAGGCCCACAGCGUGGCCAUCCACCCCACGGGCACCAUGCUCCUGGUGGGCUUCUCAGACAAGCUCCGCCUGAUGGCUGUGCUGAUGGACGACCUGAAGACCGUCAAGGAGCUGGCCAUCAGGGGCUGCAGAGACGCGGCCUUCGCCCACGGCGGCCACCUGUUUGCGGCGGUCAACGGAAUCAGCGUGGCGAUCUACAACGCAUACACGGCAGAGAACAUUGGCAACCUGCGCGGCCACAACGGCAAGGUGCGCAGCCUGUGCUGGAGCGCGGACGACACCCGGCUGCUGUCCAGCGGGGCGGACGGCGCCGUGUAUGAGUGGCGCCUGUCAGACCUCAAGAGGUGGGCGUCAGGGGGAGGGGCGUGCACCAGGAUCGCGCCGGACUACAUGUGGAGUUGA